GUGGUUUGUCAACAGUCUUCAAAAGUGAUAUCAUGCAUACUUAGUUCAAUUAUCACGCUCUAAUGAGGAUAUCGACCGCUGGGCACGGCUUCAGUUAAGUAAAUCACAAGAUUCUAUGGUUACAGAAAAGAAUUACCAUUUAUAGCGUGUUCAAGCGAUAUCGCCACUUGACCAGUAUUUGCUGCGUGUUCCUGAAAUAGCCAACCCUUGUCCCGACAGCUGAGGAGAGGCGUGGUUAUGUCUCAUGCACGCGUGACCGCAAGUUUGAGUACUAUUUAAUGCAGAAAUAAUUUCACUUUCGACAGAUCGGGUGUCUGUCUGAUCAUUGAUCGCUGAUCGUCCGCCGUUGCAUAUCAAAAGGUCGUAACUGCUCCCGAUCCGUUCUAAUGGAAUCUCGACGAGAAAAAGAGAAUCUUUCAUUUUCGAUUGAAAACAUUUUACGAGAUGAUUUUCCACGAGGACAGAAAACGAACAUUGUGAAUGUACAACAACAAGCCUUGUGUCUUGAAAGAUGGUCGGAGCCACCAUUUUACGGUUACUAUUCGCUUCGUUACGGCCCAAUUUUCAUGAAAUGUCUGCCAAGUGUUUACAGACCCGAGAGAAGAUUGAACAGAGUGGAGGGAGAAAAAGAGCGAAUUUUAACAGAGAAACAGAAAGAGAUUGAAGAACAUCGCUCGAUUUACAAAGAUGAAGCUCUUUCUCAAAGUCAAGGUAAGGAUAACUAAUUUUAAAAAGUUUAGUGUAAUCGGAGAGCAACCAAAGUACGAUAACAUAUUUAAAUCAAAACAUUAAAUUUUUGAGUCUGAAAUAGUCAUCGCCGAUCGAGUUCAUGAACGAUUUAAUUUUCCAAUCAGCUUUCUUUCAGCACUUAUUUUUAAAAACUUUUUUGUGCAAUGACAUGUUUACUUAGCAACGCUUCAGGCAGUCUCAGACCGACAUUUUGGUUUUCAAUUACUUUAAUUUGUUUUAACUUGGCGUCGGCGAGAAUUUCCUGGAUGAUAAAAAUAAAAGUGAACUUUCUAUUGUUCUUUUAAGGAUCACUUCUUCUUGCCCUAACAUGCGUUCGCUAGGCACGUACAGACAAAAACAUUUCCUCGUUCGAACUUUCAACAAAUUGCCUCAAAGUUCAAUUGAGAAACAUUUCUUCCCAAAAAAAUCUUGAGACGAAAUGGAAGAAUUAUCCCUGUGUUCAUUUCAGAUUUUAUAACUAUUUUGUUUGCAAUUCCUAACAUUAUGGUAUAAUGUUGGUUGUCGUUUUAACUCAGAUAGGUCCCUAUUCGGUAAGGUAACACUAAUUGAUAAAGCGAGGGCGGAAAAUAUCUCUUUACACCCCAAAUACUCAAGACGUUAACAUAUUGUGUUGUGCAGGUUAAGAGCGAGUAAGAGCUAGGGUCAUGUAUUGAUGGUUUAGCGAGCUAUUUAAUCAAGUUGAUCGCAUUUUUUCCUUUUCAACCGACACGCAAAACAAUCUAGAAGCUAGGGCCGAUAUCUUCUAAAACACGAAACAUUAUCCGAAGUUGAACUAUUGUGUUCGUGAGCUGUGGCGUUACAAAUCUAAAUCAAUUAAAACCAAUCGAAACUCAUAAUUGGGAUUUCAGUAAACUAACGAUUACAAAUUGAUAUCAUGUACUUCUUACGUAUAACCUCACUUGGAUAUUAUUUCCUUAAAACGCCUCAAUAAGCGCAGUCGAAAUUCAGAAAAAACGAGACUACGAGUUUUACAGUUUUAACGAUCUGCGGUAACUUCCGCUAAAAGUCGUCGAUGUAUUUGUGCCUUCCUAUUCACUUGCAGCUUUUGAAGUGAAUGCUCGAGUCAACUGGAAGAGCUAUUCUUUGUUGUAAAUGAUUUUAAUUUUAUGAAUACGCUUUUCGUGAGUGUCUAAGUUGUUUUUUCUAAUACAUGAGAGAUGUCCAGUAAUGGCGACAACGAAUAUCUGCGGGCGCUUGUGCGUUGCAAUAUCAGAUCAGUAUACGUGACAAUCAACUUGUAUUUAUGUACUUAGAUAUUGAUCUCGCGAUACUAUUCUGACAAGUUUGCUUAAUUCAAAAUCUUCUCAAAAAAAACUUGAUCAUUCAAAACAAUUUUAAUCGCUGACAAAGAGAUUUCCACCAAGAACACGAUGGUAGAAGGCUGGUUGUCGACAUAAUUUGCACGGUGGAAUUCGAGGUGAAAAUUAUAUUAUUGGGAAUAUUGCUUUAGAUAACAAGAGCUUUAAGUGUUUGUUUGGCUAAAUAGUGGCUUUUGAGAAUACUUUCAUCCGUUUUGUUUAAGCGAUCUAAAGUUGUAAUACUGUAUCUCAGAAACCGCAAGCCGAAAAACAUGAUUCUACACACCAUCAAGAUUUGUGAAGAUUGAUAUGAAAUUUAUCCACGGAAUUAAAGGCUACGAAUUGCUGUUAGCUAAACAACAGAGGAAAUCUCGAGUGCUCACGUGUAAAUGCUAAAAUGUCUGCUAAAAUGGCAUCUAGGAAAGAGCCUAAAAUCAUUCCAUAUUCUUUUGAAGUCAUAUUCCUAUCCGAUGUUAUUUGAUUCCAGACAACGCAAUACGAGAGUCAAGAACGGGUUUCAGCUCGUAAAGGUUCUUCAAAUGUUGGACUUUUCUCUGACUGUAUCUAUGAGCCAAAGGUUGCAAAGUUAACAGUUGCAACUAAUUGGAUCUGAUCUCUUUCGAACCGAUAAAGAUGGUUUUAAGAUUUUUAACAAAAGGGAAUUUUUGUUAUUUCGAAUGUUAACAGAAUACCACUUUCCAAAUAUGAAAGACUUGCGUUAACACCAGUUGCAUGGACUACCUUCAAUAAUUUACGAUCUUUUCGCACUGAAUUUGUUUUUAUAAAUCUGAGGUAUUUUACAAAUUAGUCAGGUCAAUCAAAUCAGUUGUUUUUAGUGACUACAAUGACAAAAACGUAGUUUUUCAGUUAAACUUUCAAAGUUCAUAGAGUUUCUUUUUUAACAUCUGUUUAAAUAUUGAUGCCUUUUUUUUUCAAACUCGUUUGGGACUAAACUUGCAUUGACAGCAUGAUAAGUGCUAAUAUGAAAUAUUGUUGGUUUUUCCAGAUUUCAAAGGAUCAUUAUAUUUGCGUUGUUAUUUUUUCUAAUGGUUUAAACGUAUUAUGUCAAAGAACGUUUAGGACUGUUAUUGAAUCAUCCGAAUAUAGCUUGUGUAACUUUUGAAACAGUCAAACACUAUUUUGUAAAGUACGAAUAGUUUCAUGGAAUUUGCUUCAUUUUAGCGAAAAGGUUCUUUCUUCGUGUUUCGUGAUACAAUAAAUCGAAAUUAAGGAAUUUACCGCCCGCGAUAAGGUAUUGAGCUGUCAUCGGCAUCGUCUAUCUCAAGGAAGUGCUUCAUAUUGAAUUAACUAACAUUCAAAAUCACGGCAUAAGGCAAAAUGGCUAUAAGUACUGUACAGAAAAAAACUCCUCCGAGAUUUUUGCUUGCAAAACUACGGACCAACGAAAGGUUAUCCAAAUCAGCACAGAAACAAUUAUUACAAGAUGUCCUUCAUUAGGGUAUUUACGUCGCAUCGAGCGCCUUCCUCUCAAUCAAAAGGCAACAUUGAUAGCGCAUGUAACAGAUAUAUUGAAGUUGCAUGUUAUAAUAAAACCUCACGAAAACAUAUCACCCACAAAAUUGUUGAUUGAGCUUGUGGUACAGUAUUUCUAACUCAAGAGGUGCGAGCAAUUAUCUAUAAAAUGCCAACAAGCUUUUACUAAAGUGAGUUAUUUCUUUUUCAUCAGACGAAAUCACCAGCAAAAAGAUGAUUAAACAAUCUAAGAGAGAAACGUGCUACGAUGAAAAAGGCCAGGCCAGCGGUAAACGGAAGCGGCGAAAUCGCAGCCAUUUCACUCAGCGUCAACUCCAAUAUCUCGACAAGAUAUUUUCCCGCCAACAGUAUCUUACACGCGACGAGCGCACACUUUUGGCGAGGGGCCUGGAAAUGACCGAACUUCAGAUCAGAAACUGGUUCCAGAACCGAAGAUACCAAAGAAAACAUCGCGCCAACGAGAAUUCGAAACAAGAUGAACCAGAUUCGUCAGUGUGUGUAAAAGAAGAAGUUUGAUCACACAAAUCUGGAGAAACAUUCCAUCAAAUUUCGCUGAUGAAGUGAAUAAUCCCAUAAUAACGCGACUUACUGCGCCUUUAGAUACCUUUCUGAGAAGGAAAAGGUUCUUAUUAAGUUGUGAUAAAGUAGAAAAAAGCGUGGAUCUAUUUUCCAUAGCCAGUGCACUGUCAAAAAGUCCAACUUUGGUUAGUGCCGAUCCAGUUGUAACGUAGAGAACUAAUUGAAAAGCAAUAUGACUGGUAGAAAUCUGUAAAUAUGCUAGCUAAACAUUGAUAUUUUUCCAUGCAAAUUUAUACGUUUGAAAAAGGAACUA